AUGUCGAAAUCAAACCAUCCCCGAGGCUCAUCCAGUGUGGACGACUGGCUAGACGGCCAGUACGAAUACAUGGUACCCGAUAAGGAUUUGAACAACCCCUACGUCCCGCGGGACGCUGCCCGAGACAUCACUCCGGAGCACUCAGACACAAGUCCGCCACAGUCCAAGGAUUCUCGGUCGUCCAAGAAGCACAGAAGUUCCAAGGAUCGUUACCGGCCAGCGACGCCGCCUGAAGAGGACGACCUCGACAAGGAACGUGACCGACACCGCCACAAGGGCAGAUCGACCCGUUACCAUGACGGUGACCGGGAUUCUCGGCGGUCGCAUCAUGAGAGGGACACGAAAUAUCCCCCUAAAUCGGACCGUGGUCGUCCACGUCGCCCGCCCAUGGGCAACCGAGCCACAUCACAUUACGUACCCCGCAAGGAAGAAAGUCCUGAGCGGCGUCCACAUAGACGAUACUCACUGUCAUCAUCACCACCAAGACACCGGGGUGACAAGUCAUCACGGCACUACCGUCGCCACGAGGACCGCUCACCAUCACCCCCGCCACGGUCCACGCGAAAGAAGGACGAUCGAGACAGAGAAAGCCGAGGUCACCACCACGGAAGCAGUGGGUCCACCAAGGGCUCCAAGUCUCGCCGGCCGUCGCUGUCCCACAGCCAAACUUCGAAGGACCCGAAGAAGCCCUCCAUCAGCGCCCGGUCAUUCAGCUUCUGGGAUGACCCACGAUUCAAGACUGCUGCACAGGCAGCAAUGACAGCCGGUGCAUCAGCAGCUGUCGGUCUUGCCGGUGAGAAGGGCGGAUGGGGCGGCGACAAGGGUGCCAAGGUGCUCCGGGCAGGGCUAGGAGCUGCUGCGCUCAGUGCCUUGAAGAGCCCGGCCCCGUCCCCCGAUCCUGCGCCCGCACCCGCGCCCGCCGCCCCGGUCGAGCCUAAGUCGUCGGCUGCCGAUGCUGCCGGGAGAUAUGUGGCGGAUCAUUUGCCUGGGCAUCUGCCUGGGAAGAAGAGCAGCACACGACGGAGGCAUCACUAG